GGCGGCGGCGGCGGCGAGGAGCUGUGCCUUCCACCUCUCCAGCCCCGGCAGGACGGGGGCGGCCGCCGCGGGCCCGGGGCGGGGACAGCACGCAGCCUCGCCGCGCACACCCCCGCCCGGCAGCGGGCCCGACACCCGGGGCGAGCGGGAAAGCGGCGGCGGCGGCGGCGGGGGAAGGAUGCAGGGGAAGAAGCCGGGCGGCUCGUCGGGCGGCGGCCGGAGCGGCGAGCUGCAGGGGGACGAGGCGCAGAGGAACAAGAAGAAGAAAAAGAAGGUGUCCUGCUUCUCCAACAUCAAGAUCUUCCUGGUGUCCGAGUGCGCCCUGAUGCUGGCGCAGGGCACGGUGGGCGCCUACCUGGUGAGCGUCCUGACCACCCUGGAGCGGAGGUUCAACCUGCAGAGCGCCGACGUGGGCGUGAUCGCCAGCAGCUUCGAGAUUGGGAACCUGGCGCUCAUCCUCUUCGUGAGCUACUUCGGGGCGCGCGGGCACCGGCCCCGCCUCAUCGGCUGCGGCGGCAUCGUCAUGGCCCUGGGAGCAUUGCUGUCGGCGCUGCCCGAGUUCCUGACCCACCAGUACAAGUACGAGGCGGGCGAGAUCCGCUGGGGCGCCGAGGGCCGCGACGUCUGCGCCGCCAACGGCUCGGGCGGCGACCAGGGCCCCGACCCGGACCUCAUCUGCCGCAGCCGGACCGCCACCAACAUGAUGUACUUGCUGCUCAUUGGGGCCCAGGUGCUCCUGGGCAUCGGUGCUACCCCUGUGCAGCCCCUGGGCGUCUCCUACAUCGACGACCACGUGCGGAGGAAGGACUCCUCGCUCUACAUAGGAAUCCUGUUCACGAUGCUGGUAUUUGGACCAGCCUGUGGAUUUAUCCUGGGCUCUUUCUGUACCAAAAUCUAUGUGGAUGCAGUCUUCAUUGACACAAGUAACCUGGACAUCACCCCGGAUGACCCCCGCUGGAUCGGAGCCUGGUGGGGCGGCUUUCUGCUCUGUGGUGCCUUACUCUUCUUCUCUUCCCUCUUGAUGUUCGGGUUUCCACAGUCUCUGCCCCCGCACUCAGACCCUGCCAUGGAGAGCGAGCAGGCCAUGCUCCCCGAAAGAGAGUACGAGAGACCCAAGCCCAGCAACGGGGUCCUGAGGCACCCCCUGGAGCCGGACAGCAGCGCCUCCUGCUUUCAGCAGCUGAAAGUGAUCCCGAAGGUCACCAAGCACCUGCUGUCCAACCCCGUGUUCACCUGCAUCAUCCUGGCCGCCUGCAUGGAGAUUGCAGUGGUGGCUGGCUUUGCCGCCUUCUUGGGGAAGUACCUAGAGCAGCAGUUUAACCUUACCACCUCUUCUGCCAACCAGCUGCUCGGGAUGACUGCAAUUCCAUGUGCCUGUCUGGGGAUCUUCUUGGGCGGUCUCCUGGUAAAGAAGCUCAGUCUUUCCGCCCUCGGGGCCAUUCGGAUGGCCAUGCUCGUCAACCUGGUGUCCACAGCUUGCUAUGUUUCCUUCCUCUUCCUGGGCUGUGACACGGGCCCUGUGGCUGGGGUUACUGUUCCCUAUGGAAACACCUCAGCGCCUGGCGUGGCCCUGGACCCCUACUCACCCUGCAAUAAAAAUUGUGAAUGCCAAACCGAUUCCUUCACUCCCGUGUGUGGGGCAGAUGGCAUCACCUACCUGUCUGCCUGCUUCGCUGGCUGCAACAGCACGAAUCUCACCGGCUGUGCGUGCCUCACGACCGUCCCGGCCGAGAACACAACUGUGGUUCCCGGAAAAUGCCCCAGUCCUGGGUGCCAAGAGGCCUUCCUCACCUUCCUGUGUGUGAUGUGUGUCUGCAGUAUGAUCGGGGCAAUGGCGCAGACACCCUCAGUCAUCAUCCUUAUCAGGACAGUCAGCCCUGAACUCAAGUCUUACGCCCUGGGAGUCCUGUUCCUCCUCCUCCGUUUGUUGGGCUUCAUCCCCCCUCCCCUCAUCUUUGGGGCCGGCAUCGACUCCACCUGCCUGUUCUGGAGCACAUUCUGCGGGGAGCAAGGCGCCUGCGUCCUGUACGACAACGUGGCCUACAGAUACCUGUACGUCAGCAUCGCCAUCGUGCUCAAGUCCUCUGCCUUCGUCCUCUACACAACCACGUGGCAGUGCCUGAGGAAAAACUAUAAACGCUACAUCAAAAACCACGAGGGCGGGCUGAGCACCAGUGAGUUCUUUGCCUCUACUCUGACCCUAGACAAUCUGGGGAGGGACCCUGUGCCCGCCAGCCAGACCCAUAGGACAAAAUUUAUCUAUAACCUUGAAGACCAUGAGUGGUGUGAAAACAUGGAAUCUGUUUUAUAGUGACUAAGGAGGCUGAACUCUGUAUUAGUAAUCAAAGGGUCAUUUUUUCCUAAAAAAAAAAAAAUUUUUUUCAAAAAAAAAACCACAAAACUCAGUACAGAGACACACACACCACACGUACACACACCACCACCUUUGUCCUUUUUCUCAAAAUCAGAGCCAGACAGGAUUCAGAAUAAGGAGAGCACGGGAUCGUGUGUCUGACGUACGACCUGCUGGGGCCCAGAGUCUUCUCUUUGAAGGUUCUUCGGGAUGCCGAUCGCCGCAAGCAACAGGCACGGCCAAGUUCAGGGAACAGUGGUGGCCCAGCUUGGAGGAUGGACAUUUCUGGAUAUACAUACACACACAAACCAUUUUUUUAAAAGUCUACUAAAAAGCCCAAGUUGACAACAUUGCCAGGAUAAACACUAGUGACAUACCCCGUGCCACCCGCCCCCUCCAUGCAAGGGUGGGGGGGGUGUGCAAGUCGGAGCGGGAGCCCCCCCCUCUAACUUUUGCAAUAUGGGUCACUGUGUAGACGACUCACCCAGUCUGCAUGUGGUUCAAGGCCCCAGAGUUCUCUCAGCGAUGCUAAUGGGUGAUCCGUGCUGGAGUCUGUAAUUGGCACCUCUCACCAGCUCCAUGUUCAAGACUGAGGGCCCAAGGGGGAGCCGGGCGUGGGGGGGCCAGCACCCCACCUCCCCCCACAGCACCCCCCCCAGCCCCACAGAGUGACCUCAGGAAGCAGCGGGCCUCACCUGGCUAUGACUGACUUUGCUCAGAGCCGGUGAAACCCAGCACAGUCCAAGUCAUUUGCUUACAUUUGCCAAACAUUUUGCCAUUUAAAAAAAAAAAAAAUGCAAUGCAUAUGAAUUUCAAACUGUUGUAUGUAUAAUCCUCUAAUACUAUUUUUAACCACUUCUAAAAUCUGUGUUAACUCUUCAAGUCACUGACACAGUUCUCUAGGCUGAGUUUAUUAUGCUGGUUGCUUUUACUUUUCUCCUUUUUUUAAUGCACCAAAAAUAUAAUGUGAUUCAAGGGAUGCAAUUAAUCUAUUGUAAUUUUUGUUUUAUCAUUUGGUCCUCAUUCGGAUAUUCUGCAAAAACAAGGAUAUACAGUGUGUUAGAAGAAGAAGAAGAAGAAAAAAUGCUUGGAGAAAGAGUGUAUAGGCAGCUUGCCUUUAAAAGAAUCACAUUUGAGACAACAGGGGAUAAUGUGAUGAAUUGCAAAUUCGCCUUCUGGCUUUAUUCCCCAUGAUUCAGUGAUCGCUGUCAUGGGAAGCCCUUUUAUAUUCAUGCUUCACAUUUCGAGAGGCCUUCUUUUCAACCCGUGGAGGAGACACACUUAGAUGUUGGUUGUGUGCAGGGGUGCGGUGCUUCUGGGGCUAGGCAAGAGGAAGAGCAGUUCCCUGGCCCCAGCUGUGGGGCGGUCUGUGGCGGCGAACAGACCCGCAAGGUCGCGGAAGCUACCGCUUGUCCGAUGCAUUAACAUGUCUCUGUUUUCAGGGUCAGUCUUGAACAAAGAGGCCUUUGUCUGUUUCAAAAGUGGCCAAACCUCAAACAGCUAGCAAGCAGACCUCAUUGUUUGGGAUGAGAAUCUUGGGAAAACCUCUCGCAGUCAAGCAGCCUCAGCCUCAUAAGGCCACGUCCGUAAGGGGACAGAGCUUAUGCGAGAGUGUGUGCACGCACACCCACCCACCCACCCACCCACACACACACCCACACACGGCCCGUUUAACGUACCUUUCGUGUUUCUUCAGUGACCUUUGUCCGGGCCACUUGUGGCCCUGGGGAAGCUCUCAGGGGUGGUUUGGUUGGCUGUUUGCCUUUUCACCUCAGACACAUAUUUGCAGUUCACCCAGAGGAUAACAAAAGAAUCAGGAAAGAAAAGAGUGGAGGCUCUGAAGAGAGAGAGGGCUGUUGUGCCACAUUUCUAACAUACACCAUUAAUGGGGCAGUUUGAGUGACAGCCCGAAAGCAGAGAAAGCACCAUCCAGCAAGGAGGACCCAGAGAGAAGCUGGUGUCCCGGUGCGGGGCCACCGUGAUCAGCUGCCUGGGACAGGAUGCUUCCAAAACACUCCCACGCGCUUACUUUUAGUCUGUCCUUGUCGGUGAGCACAGGGACAGUCACCAAUGUGUUAACUAGUAAAAGGAGGGAUUGUUCCCCAAGCGAUUCAUAAAAUAUGUAUGCUGUGUCACUCCAAAGGUUUUGAAACCUUCCUGUACAGGUUUGGGGGUAGUGUUGCUCUGAAAUGUAUUGCUAACAGGGCACUGCCGUCUGCAUAGCUCUCCAAAACUCAGUACGCACACAGCGAGGCCCGAUGACCUGGUGUUUUCACAGGGCCAUUUGCUUAAAGAAAAAAAGCUUUUUGAAAACGCU